GCUGCGCGGGCGGCGGGCGGCGGGCUGCGCGGGCGGCGGGCGGCGCGCACAAUCCUUGCUCGGCUGCGGCUCCCGGGUGUCCCAGGCCCGGCCGGUAAGCAGAGCAUGGCGGGUGCGGGCCCGAAGCGGCGCGCGCUAGCGGCCCCGGUGGCCGAGGAGAAGGAAGAGGCGCGGGAGAAGAUAAUGGCCGCCAAGCGGGCGGACGGCGCGGCGCCGGCAGGCGAGGGCGAGGGCGUGACCCUGCAGCGGAACAUCACGCUACUCAAGGGCGUGGCCAUCAUCGUGGGCGCCAUCAUGGGCUCGGGCAUCUUCGUGACGCCCACGGGCGGGCUCAAGGAGGCAGGCUCGCCGGGGCUGGCGCCGGUGGUGUGGGCCGCGUGUGGCGUCUUCUCCAUCGUGGGCGCGCUCUGCUACGCGGAGCUGGGCACCACCAUCUCCAAAUCGGGCGGCGACUACGCCUACAUGCUGGACGUCUGCGGCUCGCUGCCCGCCUUCCUCAAGCUCUGGAUCGAGCUGCUCAUCAUCCGGCCUUCAUCGCAGUACAUCGUGGCCCUGGUCUUCGCCACCUACCUGCUCAAGCCGCUCUUCCCCACCUGCCUGGUGCCCGAGGAGGCAGCCAAGCUCGUGGCCUGCCACUGCGUGCCCCAGCCUGGAGUGCAGUGGUGGGAUCAUAGGUCACUGCAGCCUCCACCCGCUGGACUCAAGUCAUCCUCCUGCCUCACCCUCCUGAGUUCCUGCGACCACAGGCACGCGCUACCACGCCGGACGGAGUCUUGCUCUGUCGCCCAGGCUGGAGUGCAGUGGAGCGAUCUCUGCUCACUGGGAGCUCCGCCUCCCGGGUUCACGCUAUUCUCCUGCCUCAGCCUCCGGAGUAGCUGGGACUACAGGCGCCCGCCACCACGCCCAGAAAGUGGGAAAACUGGCGCACGUGAAUCCAAGGACACGCCUGUGUGCGCUCGCACCCCAGGGCACCAGCCCCCACCACCCACACCGCAGGUCCUUGAUUGGACGCCUGUUUUCACCUGACUGCCCAGCCCUCCGGUGCUUUCCGGGAAGCGUUUGGGAGAAAAGUGUGUGGCCGCAGUAGUGGAGAGCCCCUGUCUUAGGAUUCGUCACUGCUACGCCCAGACCUCUUCGCCGUCCAAGAGCCUGGGGCCGUGGGGGGCGGGGCGGCCUGCUAUCGGCCCCGCCUCUCUCCCCAGGCCCGGCGGGGCCGACCCCGCCUCUCGCUCCCAGCAUGCCGUGCGACAGUGGCGGCGCGGCGGGCGGAGCCGGGAGGCGGGGAAGCAGUGGCCUUGUGAGCGUGAGGAGCUGCCGCCACCGCCUGCUUCUCGUCGUCCUCGUCCUCCGGGGCCCCGGCGUCGUGGGCCGCGAAUGGCCCUGGAAGAGACGUCGCCGCCCCUUCAUCCGCCUCUCUCUCACCGCGCCGCUCCCGCCUCCUCAUCCUGCGCUGCGGGCUCAGGCGGAACCCGGAACGGCCGUCCUCUUACCCCGCCUUCUGCCGCCGCCUCCGCCUCCUCCUCCUUCUCGGCUUCCUCCUCAGCCCCGGGCCGGAGCGGGGUGUCGGCGGCGGCCGGUUCGGGCGGCGACUCGCGCUUCUCUGGGCGGCGGCGCUUGGCCAUGUCGUGUCGGGGAAGGUAAUGAGCCGCAGAGCCCCGGGGUCUCGGCUGAGCAGCGGCGGCGGCGGCGGCACCAACUAUCCGCGGAGCUGGAAUGACUGGCAACCCAGAUUGACUUGAUGCAAAACAUCACAAAGGCGAUUUUUGAGAACUGAUAGUGCAUCAGCUGACCCACGUAAUUUAAAAUAUUCUUCAUCCAGAGAUAGAGGUGGUUCUUCCUCUUACGGACUGCAACCUUCAAAUUCACCUGUGGUGUCUCGGCAAAGGCACGAUGAUACCAGAGUCCACGCUGACAUACAGAA